AUUAUGGGAUUACAAGAUACGAGGAUGUUGAAUUAACCACACAAGAUAAAGUAAAAAUUCGAAUAUAUGUUUUACAACAAGUUAAUGAGCAUAAAGCUCUUCAACGGCCUACUGGUCAUUGUAUACCAGUUGCUGAACGAUUUUAUAAUGAUUUUAAAUGUAAUGUUGUGAUGUUGUCUUAUAGAGGGUAUGGUCGUAGUGAAGGAACCCCAUCAGAGAAAGGACUCAAAAUUGAUGCACAGACUACAUUGGAUUACGUUUGUAACCACCGUAUAUUUAAGCGUACAAAUAUUAUUGUAUAUGGUCAAUCGCUUGGCGGUGCUGUGGCAAUUGAUCUAGUUUCGAAAAACGAUGAUAAGGUGGCUGGUAUAAUAGUCGAAAACACUUUCCUGAGCAUUCCAAAAUUAAUACCACAUGUAGUUCCUCAGCUUCGUCACUUCUCGUUUUUAUGUACGCAAAAAUGGGAAUCCGAAAAAGCUAUAAAACUUAUAAAAAAUGUUCCAAUUUUAUUUCUUUCUGGAACUGAAGAUGAACUUAUUCCAAAAGAGCAUACGAAGAAAUUGUAUGAUUUGGUGGAAGGAAGUAGAAAAGAGCUUCGAGAGUUUCCGAAUGGUAAGCAUGGAGAUACUGUCGCUCAAUUGGGUUAUUUUGAAGCUAUUUGGGCAUUCUUGUUAAGAGAGAGAUUAGCUACUAUUGAUUUUGAUUGGGAUUCGG